CAGCACACACAGGCAGAAAACAGUUAGCAGCCUCGGAUGUGGUCAUCAUCAUCAUCCUUUAUUAUUCUGGAUCGAUAGGCCCGUUCAAGAGACAGCAUCUUUGGCCGGAUCCGUGCAGGAGGCUGUAGGCAGAGAGAGACCAGAGAGACCAGAGGGACCAGACCAGACCAGACCGGUACCUUGAUCCAGUAGGAGAACACAUUGAUCUCUGCUGCACCGUCAUCUCGACUCAGAUCACGCUUCAGUGUCACCAUGAGCUCCUGGACCACAUCUGGCGCUCUGCUGUGUCUGCUGGCGGCGGCCGCAGCAGCCGUUCAGACCCCCAACUCAGUGUUCUUGGACAAGCAGCAGGCGAGCUCGCUGAUCUCCCGUCAGAAGAGGAAUGUCGACGGCAGUAACCCGUCUGCCAACGUGGAGCAGGUUUGCAUGGAGAAACUGUGCACCUACGAGGAGGCCAGAAAGCUCUUCCAGGACUCGUACCGCACGGAUAUCUUCUGGGCCGUCUACGUUGACGGAGACCAGUGUGCAGAGAACCCCUGCAAGAAUGGAGCCAUGUGUUCUGACAGCGUGGGAGGCUACGACUGCGUCUGCAAGUCCGGUUUCACAGGGGUCCACUGUGAACAAGACCAGACUCUGUGCCCCCUGGAAAAGGACAAGGGCUGCUCACAGUUCUGCAAACCGGGCUACACGUCCUACGAGUGCUCCUGCGCCAUCGGAUGGAAGCUCAGCCUCACAGACAAGAAUAAGUGUGACCCUAUAGGCAGAUAUCCCUGCGGUCAGGUGAACUCUCAGAGUCAGUGGGAUAACAGACUGGCCAGCAACGUCCGCAGCAACUUUGAAGGACUUAGCUGUACUUCUACGGAGUGUCCCUGGCAGGCUCUUCUGAAGAGCUCAGAGUCCCAGGAUGGUUACUGUAGUGGUGUCAUUCUGAAGGAGAACCUGGUCUUGACUUCAGCUCAGUGUGCCAACAAAUACAGCUCCUUACAGGUGGUGGUCGGCAGGCGCAACGCUGUGAGGUCUGAAGUUGGAGAGCGGACGCUGUAUGUAAAACUAGUUCACGUCCACCCGCGCUAUGUGGCAGAUCGCCCCGAAUACGACGUGGCUGUGAUUGAGCUCCGCGACCGCAUCACCUUUGCGAGGGAAGUGAGUGCUGCUUGUGUGCCAGAAAAAGACUUUGCAGAGAGCAUCCUGAUGACGGGAGAGCUCCCGACCAUCGUCACCGGCUGGAAAGAACCCAGCUCGGGAUCUGCUUUCGAGGGCUCGCUCAAACUUAACCAACUCGCGUACAACCGCCUGCCUCAGUGUGUGGAGACUCACCCGACCCUGAUGACCAAUAAAAUGGGCUGCACCACUCCCCGGGCCAACGCCGACUGCACCAUGAGCUCCGGCAGCCCCCUGCUCACCCUGUACAGGAAGGUGUUCUUCCUCACUGGGGUCGUCAGCCGGCCGCUGGGGGCCAACUGCAGCCAAGGCUACGUCUUCCAGAAAGUGUCGCGCUACCUCGGCUGGCUGCGACCUCUCAUGGGUUCACGUUAGGAGGGGUAGUCAGGGAGAACAAGGAGGUUAUUGGUUAUGGAAAAUAUAUUAUAAUGCAGGUGAAUACAUAUUAAAAACAGGGAAUCAGAUAAACGUUUUCAUUGAGGGCUUCUAGCUCAACCUUUUGUCUUUCUGUCUUUUAAUAAUCUCCUAAUGGAAAAACUACAGUAGCCAUAUAGUCUCUAUGUAGGUUAUUGCUUCCCAUCUGUCUCUGUGCACUUCCUCAUUUAUCCACAAGGUGGCGCUCUGUUAACACAAACAGAGAAGCACUUUCUGUACGUCUAUCUAUGAACCAGAGGAUCACAAGCAGCAAGAAAUGCAGUGAAUUAUUUAGCAUGUGUUUUGUAAUGUGGACAUACCUUUUUAAUAACCUUUAUUUGAUGUGCUAUUUAGUGACUACUUUAACACUUGUGCACUAUAACACUGGUAAUCACUGUUCUAUGAAUGUAAUAAACCCCUAACAACACAC